AUGCCGACCGCACGCCUCGGGCGUGCCGUCGCCGACGACGCUACCGCGAGCAACCACACGGCAGCCUACAACAUCAUUGACCGUCUCGGGGGCGGAGGGCCAGGCGGCCAGCUCAUCGUCCGCGGCUUCUUCAUGGGCAUCGCCUUUGGGCUGCUGGUCGCGCUGCUGUUUUGCUGCUGGUACCCGUGGCUGCACAUGCGGCACCGGGACCGACGGAGGGCGGUGCGGCGGCUCCUGCUGCGGAUGGACAGGCCGCGACGAUUCCGACGACGACGACGGGAGGAGCACGAGGUUGCGACGGAGACGGCACAGGCGCAGACGCAGACGGAGGCUGAGGAAGGAACCGCGACGAUUAUGACGACGGCGACGGGGAGGGCGACUACCUCGGCGGCUGGUGCUGCUGCAGCGCCAUGA